AGAAUUACUAUAAUUAUUCUACGGAUAAAGAUUUUGAUGAAAGUUUCAGUAUUGACCAAGAUGAACCAUUAUUCGUUCAUGAUUAUUUGGCUGCUAUGAAGACAAAACAUUGGUUAGAAGAACAAGAUUCUUCAGAAAUAAUAGAAUAUGAUGAUAAUAAUGAUACUAACCAAGUUUUAAAAUUAUUCUCACGGUGGUUGUCAAAUCUUUCAUAUUCUGAAAAUGAAAAUCAAAAAAAAGAAACCGCUACUUGUAAAAACCGCUAUGAAGAUUAA